AUGGCCGCCCGCCGCCUUUCCCGGCCGCUUUGGCGCCUGAGAUCAAUCUCCUCUUCGCUGCCCAACCCUGGACGCAACGAUCAACAUCGGGUUGCGUUAAUGGCCACCGCCGCGGGGACUGCUGGUGCCCCAAAGACGGCCCAAAGCGGCUCCCAAGAAAAGCCGGGGGGGGCCGAGCGGUCGACGCACGACGUGCCCCGAGGUCACCACCGGUCGGACUUGAGCGACACGUCGUGCCACAUCGGCCUGAUGCGGAUGCGGGACCUGACGCUUCGCCAGGACAUCCGCCUGCUCGCGGGAGGCGCGUCGACCACCAUCGGCGACGCGCUGAAGGGCCACAAGGUCUUGUUGGUGGGCCUACCAGGGGGCAAGGUCUGCGCAGAGAAACAUGUUCCGGAAUAUCUCCACAGGGCAAGCGAGCUUGUACCUGCAGUUUUCGACAAAAUCGUGUGCAUCAUGCCGGAGGCUUGCGGAGAUCUGAAGCCCAUUGUAGCCGAGGCAGCGAAAUCAGAGGUAGCAGUAGUGGAAGACCAGAGUGGAGCCUUCGCUCGCAUGAUGGGACUAGAGCGCACCGGCGGUGGUGCGAAGUCGCAACGCUUUGCUGCUAUCGUUGAGGAUGGGAUCCUCUUGGGAUUGAGAGUUGAAAAGGCCCCCGGUGAAGUGAAGGCCACCACCGUGGACAACAUGCUCGCCUUGUGGAGCCAAAUAACCAAAAACCGAUGA